UCCGGAAUAGCCAGCGGAUGGGGCCGUCCAAGCCGCCCGCGGGAGUAUUAAACGUCAAAGGAGAGAGGAGCUUGGCGCAUUUUACGGAAGACGCGAAAUCUAGGAUGCCGACGCUCAACAUUAGCACCAAUGUGCCGCUCGAUGGCGUCUCGACAUCGGAUAUUCUCAAGGACGCUAGCAGGACGGUCGCGCGCGUUCUUGGCAAGCCAGAGAGUUAUGUGAUGAUCAUCAUAAAUGGUGCUGUGCCAAUCUCUUUUGGAGGGAGUGAGGAGCCAGCAGCAUACGGGGAGCUCGUUUCAAUCGGCGCAAUCUCCCCCGACUCGAACAAGAAGUUGAGCAAAGCCAUAGCCGAGCUCCUCCAGUCCAAGCUCGCAGUGCCCCCGAAUCGCUUCUACAUCAAAUUCUACGAUGUCAAGGGAAGCAACUUUGGCUGGAAUGGAUCGACUUUUUAGGCAGAACUUUUUCUUGGUAUGCAUGCUUCUUUUCAGUUUCACUAGUCUUGGAUCGUUUCAUCGCCUACGCUUUGAUCCUAGAUAUAAAUCUUUGCUCGCUCGUAUCGUUGGUAAGAAAAUUGUUACAAUGGCAGGCGGGGCGAUCUUCGUUUUGAUCGUUUUAAUCUAAAGAAAGAGAUUUGAUAUCUUUA